UCCCUUGUUUUAUUUUCUGAAAACGGACGUUCUAAUUAUUUCCCUUGAAGGCACGAUACAUACCAACGGAAAUCGAAACUUGCUUAUCAAUUUCGGAAAAUCCGAGUUUUCGCAGUGUAUAAUACAUAAAACGCAAUCAGGUUAGUCUUCAACGCACAGAAUGGCGUCCCUUGACGGAAAUCAAAAUGAGGCGUAUUACCUACUUCUCCAUAUGCUUGUUAUGGAAGCGACGAAGGUUCUGCGAGUCAAGUUUGACUCAAUUAUCAAACCUCCAGAUUUAAAUAACACACUCAUUAGAGUUAAACCAACUAUAGAUAAGCUGAAGAAAGAUGGUUUUCUUUCCAAUGAACAAUAUAGACUGUUAAAUCCGAAUCCUAAGUCAGAAAACUUUGAUACAACUUUAUUGCUGUGUCUUCUUCAAAACAUCUGUAAUUUAAACCCAAAAGGCAAAGUGUGGGUCGAAAAAGAUAACGCUAAAAUUAAAGGUAAUACAGACCAGGAAAACAUCCAGCGUAUCAGGAACUUAAGAAACAAAAUGCAGCACAAAACCGUUGCGAGCUUAGAGCAGCAUGAAUUUGAGAGCAGCUGGAAUAUUCUAGAAAAGGCCAUGAUUAAUCUCGGGACCAGCUGCGGACUGCACGAUGUCCAGAACACUGUUAAUACCACCAAAACAAAAACACUGGAAAUUGUUACCCCAGAAAUGAAAAGUCUUCGUGGAAACACAAUUGAGUUCCUAAAAGAAUAUCAAGAUGAUAAGCAGUAUUACGUCGAGACAAAAUUUUAUCUUCAAGCUGACAAGAUGUUGAAAGACAAAAAUCUGACAGUACUGACUGGACAUCCUGGCGAAGGAAAAACAACAAUGGCAGCUUACCUAGCUUUAAAAAGAUCGAAUCCUGAAAACUGCAUGAAACUUGCACAUGCUAGCGAUUGGAGAAAGGUUGACUGGUCGCUAAAACUGUUCAACACAGUCAUCAUAGAUGACAUAUUUGGUGCUGGAGCGUUGAACAACACCCUUGUUUCAGAAUGGAAAACGUACCUACCUGAAAUAGAGCGAGCUGCAAGGGCGAGACGAUUGAAUAUAAUUAUAACGUCUCGGCAUUAUAUAAAAGAAGAGGCACUUGAUGAAUUGAAUAAUACCUCAAUCUUUAAAGAUGAAGAGGGAAACAUUGUUCAUCUUGCAUCAGAUGAUUUAACUCAUGACGAGAAAAGGAACAUUCUCGUCUCGCGGGCCAAACGAAAUGACACUGAAGAUCUGCUAAGGCAAAAUCAUGUAGAUAUAGACGAGUGCGUUAAGAAGUCCAAAGGAACGAUCAAUCUUGACAUUGACAAGACUGAAAAUUUUGUGUUUGGAUUCCCUCAGUGCGCAAACUUGUUUGUACAGAAUGACAAAAUGAUUAAAUUGGGAGCACGUUUUUUUGAAAACCCAGAGGCCCACUUCAAAGCAUAUAUUGAACAAUUGUAUAAUGCAAAAGACGACGACAUUUUCCAUAAGUUUAUAGCACUGGUCAUUGUUUGGGCGGAACAGACUGGUCGAAUAAAAGCAGAUGACGUCCUAAAUCCUGCAAAAACAUCAGAACACAUAAGGUCCGUAGCAACUAUAUUUGGGAUCGAUGUUAACCGUAAAUUCAUAGAGAACAUAAGAUCUUCUUUACAGAGUCAUCAGAAAGAUUUCCUAAUAUAUAUAGACCAUACUGGCGAAUACAAAUUCAAUCAUAAUGUUAUUGGUGAUAUGGUUGGUGUUGUUCUUGGAGAGCCAAGACACAAACUUGUAGAAACUAUCCAACUGUGUCCACGUGAUUUUCUUAUUGACAGGAUUUGUUUAGACGACAAGGGAAACGAGCAAUUUCGUGUAGUUGUCGGAAAAGAUAAUUACCAUCAUCUUUGCAGAAAGGUUGCAAAAAUGGUCCUGCGGAAAGACUGCAAUAGCAUAGCCCGUGGUGAUUUUUCUCGUGAAUUUCAAACGCUAGAACGUCGAGGUCCCAGGUCGAACAUAAUUGAAGUGCUGCAUGAUCUUGAUUUCGGAAUUUUUAAACACCCGAUGUUCUUGAAUAAGCAUUUUGUCGAAGUAUUUAUGAACGUUAUAAAAGAUGAUGGCCUCGAACAAGAUAUUUUUCGCAAGCCAGUCAUGAAAAUGACUGGGUAUUUCUUAGAUUACGGCAUCCGCAUGAAUGAAAUGACAAUGUUCAUCCCUGGUUAUACACUGUAUAGUAACAUUACUGUCUUGGCAAAUGCCCUGAUAGAAAACAACUUCAUCCAAAAGGAUCACACUGACCCUUUGUUACUUGCAGCUCAUUCGGGCGACAUCAAAUUGAUAGAACUGCUUUUAUCGAAGGGUGCAAAGGUUUCCGGUGAUACAAUAUAUGUGGCUAUGCACAAGAAACGACGCCCGGACCAAAAUUGUUUAAAAACAAUCCUCCAGUAUCCGCACAUCCCUAUCAAUGACCGAGGUAAUGCAAUCAAUGGCAAUUAUCCGCUUAUUGUAGCAAGCAGAAAGGGGUUUCUCGACGCCGUAAAAUGUAUGCUGGAAAAUGGAGCUGACCCUGGGGUUCAAAAUGACAAAAAAUUGACAGCUUUGCAUAAGGCUGUUAUUUACAAACACACUGACAUUGUACAUGAACUUUUGAAAAAGGGCGCUCCGCUUGAUAUAAAAGGGGGAAAGUUCAAAAGGACACCAUUGCAUAUUGCUGCUGACGUCGGCGAUAUGAAUUUGGUGAAGUUACUUAUUUCGAAAGGCGCGAAAGUGGACAUCAAAGAUCACCGAGGUCAUUAUCCAAUCUUCUUAGCUGCAAUUCGUGGCCACACCCCAACCGUCCAAGCAUUACUGCAGCAUGAACGGAAGCAGGAUCAGUUACGGAUAAAGUCGUAUGGCAAGGCAUCAAAAAUUAAAGGAAUGUCGUUAUUUCAUGUUGCAGUUUGGAAGAAAGACAAAGAUUUGAUGGAGAUGCUCAUACGGGAGAAGGCUGAUCCAAAUGUUAAGGAUUUCUUUGGACAAACUGCGUUGUUUUAUGCAAUAAUGGAGGGAUGCAAAUCAAUGAUAAAACGUUUGAUUAACUUUGAUAAAACUGACCAAAAAAUGCCACAAAAACAAGGAUACACUCCGUUGCACGCCGCUGUUUUCAAAGGAAAUGCAAAUACCACAGCUCGACUAGCAAUUAGCGCUGAUGUGAAUGCUAGAGAUAAAUUUGGAAGAACACCUUUGCACGCAGCGUGUGAAAAAGGUGACAUUCAAAUCGCCAAUCUAUUGCUGAAGAAACACAAAGCUGAUCACAGGAUUCUUACAAAUAGAGGCGAUUCUGUGUACCACAUUCUUCGAAGGAAAAAUUCCAACAAAACAAACGAUGAACAUUGCAAACGCAGACUGAUCGAAAUUCUGAUACGUGAGAUCGAUCCGAAAUUUAUUGAAAGCAUAGCAAAUAAAUCUAACCGCUCCGGCAUCAGAAUAGAGGAAAAAACAAUGCUGACAACGAGUGACAUGGUAGUUAUCCAGGACCUGAUGAAAACAUUGUCGAUCGAAAAAUGCGAAGAAAGUGAAGACGAAGAAGACCAGGACCAGGCCAGCAAAGGUUCACCACCUAAAAAGGCCAAGGCGGUUAGACUGAUUCCAGAUUUCCUUGACAAUGACGCCGAUGAUGACGAAGACGACUUAGAUGAAGGCGAUUUCAGUUUCGGCUCUCCCCACGCUUACGACGAAUAUGACGAUGACGACUUAGAUGAAGGCGAUUUCAGUUUCGGCUCUCCCCUUGCCUACGACGAAUAUGACGAUGAUGACGAUUUUUUUUGACCGAUGGUGAUUAUUAACAAAUAGGAUCGUUUGUUUCUUGAAGUGUUGUAUAGAGCUGUCAAUUUAUGUAGUUGCAGAACAGAUGAUUCCAUGAUGAAAUAAUUAUAACGUGUGCUAUUUUUGUUUUAUUGUAUAUAUACAAAAUAAGUAGGUAUUGAUACUUAAUUGUCUAUUGCCAUUGUGUACAUAUAUUACAAUAAAAACGUAAUUUAUAAAUUUAAAAUAAUCUUACAAAGUUGUUUACCUUUGAAACGCGUUUAUUUCGACCUGAAGUGUAUUCUUUUUAAUCCAGUUUAUUCGAAAUAUUGUUUUGCAAGGAUUUGAGCAUAAACAAUCUAUUCUUAUUAGGAAAGUUAUAAGCUCUAAAGUGUUUUUACACACACGUGUCACCUAUAUAGUUUUUAGUGAGUGUGAUGUGUUUUGUUGAUUGUGUAUGUUUCUAAAGCAUGCAGAGGACAAUAGUUGACACAAAGAUGUGUCACUUAAACAUUGAGCGAUUAUUAUUAUUUAUUGAUACAUUAUAGUGAAACCUAUAGUAUCUUAUUGUACAGUUAUAAGCUAUUAUAUGGAGUGAUCUUUUCAGCUCGGCUGUUUUCGGAGAAAACCCGAGGUAUUGUCAUAGCCAGCUCGUCGUGUCGUCAGCCGUCCGCCUUAGGCGUCGUGCCAAACCCUUUACAUUGGCUCUAAAAUCAAAGUGCUUCCACCUACAACUUUGAAACUUCAUAUGUAGACGCACCUUGAUGAGUUCUACACGCCACAUCCAUUUUUGGGUCACUAGGUCAAAGGUCAAGGUCACUGUGACCUCUAAAAAAAUAUUCUGACAAGCUUUCGCAGACGAGCGUGGCACCCGUUAUGCGAUGCUCUUGUUUUAAAUUGUGUUAAAGUUUUGCAAUGUAUCUAUGCUAUUCUACGUUUUGAAACGACAAAAAGAAUCCAUCUUAAUGGCAAACGGUAACGUUUAUGUUACUUUUUCUUACAUAAUUAUUACCCUCAAGCGUCAGCUGGAUAUGCUUUUGAUGUAUAUCGGCAUGUGAAUUUUUAUUUUUUUUAUUUUACCAUACUUAACGUCUACAAUCAAACUUAUUAACAUACAUGUAUGUACAUUUUUAGCGCAUUACUUUUUAAUUGUAUUGUUUUUACCGAAACUUAACAUUAUUAUAGAUCAUGAAAAGUUAGAACGCGAAAAAUGCAUUAUCUUCUAUGGAUUGUGGCUUUAGUUAUGUGUUCAAAUUUUAAAAUACAGUAUGUAUAAGUAAAUAAAGUAAUUUUUGUUAAGUAUGAAUGCAUGUUCGUAUUUCUAUCAGUACGCUUUCGUUUAGCUUUUAUGUCGUACUAGUAUACGCAAUAUAAACAUUUCAUGUAAAUGAUGUAAAAUAAUCAAUACACGUUACCAGUAACAUAAAAAAGUUUAUAUUGCCUGUUCAGUAGACAAUUACGAAUUACUUUUGCAUCAACGUCGUCGAUACUGUCUGACAACUACUUUUCAGCUUCAGUGUGUGAUUACCGGUACUUAGCUCUAUUUCAAAGCAGAGUUCCGAAUAUCAAUUGUGUACCGGUAGCUUAUAUUUCUGUUCAAUUAUAUAUUUGCCGCAUUAUUUCUUCUUACAGAGUUGUUAAAUGAAUUGGAAAUGAUGAUUUCAUAAAUAAAUUAAAUCAGUAAA